CUAAGUACAAUAAUGUAUCCGAAACUAAAACUCAGAGCGACCGAUCAAUGAAAGUCAAUAAUGUCAAAACAAAUUAAAUCAACAAACUGACGUGUACUUUGCAUAGUAUUUUUACUAAUGAAUUAGUACUUUAAUUUAUAAAUUUGACUACAUUCAAAAUGUCUGAGUCAGAAAGACUUGUGCAGAAUGAACCUGGACCAUCUGAAGGCACAGAAAGGGGAGAAGGCGAUGCGCCACCAGCUGCAUCUGUAUCUGAACGGGAAGCAUACUUUCAAGCCCUUCGAUUAUGGAUUCAGCAGGCACAAAUGUAUCAGAACUUGUCCACUUGUUUUCCUUACUAUAUGAUGACAUUUCAAGGGUUACAAAAUAAUGCUACGAAUGUUCCCCUGUUGAAUAACAACUAUCAGUUUCAAAUGCCAUUUCAAGUUCCUAAUGCGCCUCGGAACGCUCCAGAAACACAGCCGCAGCCCGAGGCACUAACUCCUGCUGAAGUGAUAGCCCGUCAUGGUGGAUAUGAGUAUGUUAUACCUCCUCUUCACAAGCGUCUUGUUGCUGAAUUUAUUGACUUCAUGCUACUGUUUAUUGUAAAACUAAUAGUAACAUUCAUGGCAGUGGAUAUGUUUGAGUUGAUUGACCUUGACAAGUUUGAUUUCUAUAAGUUCAGUGAACACUAUGACGACUAUAAGUAUGCAAUGGAGUUGACUUCUGAAAUACUGUUUCUAGAAGUCAUUUACAGGAUAUUGGUGUGCAUAUUUGAGGCUUUUUGCUUAUCCAGUAGUGUUGGACGAACAGGCGGCGCGACACCCGGGAAGGCGUUACUUGGCAUCCGUGUAGUUACGGCGUCAGCCGUCGUUCCUGUAGAGGGGCGACCAAGGGAGACUGUUCUUCUGUAUCCCGGCAGAACACUCUCUUUCACAGUGGCACUUAUCCGGUCACUAAUGAAAAACUUCCUCAUUUCUUUACUAUUUCCUCUCUGUGUAGUACUCUUUGUAUUCCGUCACAACCGCACCGGAUACGAUUUACUCUGUGGCGUUAUUGUCGUUGAAGAAAACAUGUACCCGCCAAGACGCCAUGCUCCGUGAGUUGGUACAAAAAUUACAUUGAAAAGGACAAAGUGUCGAUUUGUGUAGAAUGGUGAUAGCUGAAUUCCUAAUUUGCCUGUAAGUUUCCUCGAUCAGUCGUGAUAAAUGUUUUUGCGUAUAUCCACCAGAAAUGUCUAUGGUUAAAGGUUCUGACAAAGUUAUUUAUAUAGACCACUAAAAGAUCAAAAUCUUUAAUUGUGCUUUCAUCAUGUACCUAUAUUUUAUACCGAAUUAACUAUUUUUUAUUAGCUACCACGUUAAUAACAUGUGACCAUAGGUAGCACUUAUAAUCGUAAAAAAGAUAACUGUAAUAUUGUAUUACUUGCCGAAAUUAAAUCCCUAUGAUAAAAAAAUCACCAAAGAAUCGGAACUAUUAGUAUUUAAGCAUGUAUUUAUAUCUCUUACAGAAUUAUUCAGAUGUAUUCUACUACAUAAAGUUGUUUGUUAGUGUACACAUCUAGAGAGUAUUUAUUUUCCUUGAUACAGUUCAUAAAAAAGAUUUUUCUUUCUAUUUUAAUAUUUUCGUUGAAAAUACAGCCUUUCUUCUGAUAGUAUUUUUUAACACUAUUUUUGAAAUAUUUUAUUUUUAUUAAUGCAAAGUUAAUUCUAUUGAGUUUAGAUAUUAGGUAUGCUUGUAAUGCACAGUUGACAUGCUGUGUGUGUAAUAUUUUAAGUAUUUAAAUAUGGCGAAAUUUUAUUUUUUGGUUCUUGUUCAAGGGUUACUCAUAAUAAAAUGAAUUAAUGGUUAAUUUUUGGUGUUCUAUAAGUAGUAGAAACACUAUGUGUACAACUUUAAAUUUAGAAAUAUUUAAAAUUCAAAGUGUUUUUUUUUUUAUUAUUUAUUCCUCUUUUCUAAUUUUUCUACGGCAGAUCCAGGCUAAUAUUAUUUUAUAUAACCACAUGUUCUUAGAAAUACAACAAAACUUAUAGUAGUACAGUGUUCCAAGUCUCUUUGCAGAUCGUUUUAUUUCCAAUUAGUAUUAGUGUAAGUACUGAGUACCUAAUACUGGUUUAAAUACUGAGUUAUAAAAUUGUGAUAUUUAUUUUUGUCCAUUGUAUUAUAUUGUAAAUAUUAAAAUAACAUGUAAAAUUCUAAAAA